AUGCUUGAAUACGAGCAACUUGGUCAUAUGGUAAGACUGAACAAUGACUCAAUAACUAGUCCGUUUCAGUACUUUCAUCCGCACCAUGGCGUUCUGAAGUUGGGCAGUACGACCACUACAUUGCGUGUGGUUUUCAAUGGCUCCAGUCCAACUUCUACAGGAUACUCGCUGAACGAUCUUCUACACACUGGUCCAAAUCUGAUGCUGAACAUUGCAGAUCUGCUCAUUUGGAUACGCAGAUACAAACAUCUGUUUGCAACCGACGUCACGAAGAUAUACCGGCAAAUCAAGGUGCAUCCGGAGGACUGGAGUUUGCAGCAGAUACUUUGGCUUGAUGACGCUCAACAGGAAACGCAGUACCAGCUGACCACGGUCACGUACGGGACGAAAGCUGCACCGUACUUGGCUGUCCGAACACUCUUGCAACUCGCUGAGGAUGAAGGGUCGAACUAUCCCCUUGCUGUUGAACCCAUCAGAAACGGCAGGUAUGUCGAUGAUAUUUUUGGUGGUGCAGAUACAGCAGAGCAUCUACAGGACGUUGCAAUUCAACUGACGCAACUCUGUCAAGCUGGUGGAUUCCCAUUGGCAAAAUGGCAUUCCACGAGCAAAUCGCUGCUAGAAGACCUCGCACCAGAUCAGAACAACGCAGCAAUCUCAUUCGACGACUGCGGAACCAAAAUUCUUGGAAUUAAAUUGAUUCCACAUCAGGACACGCUUAACUUCUCGACCAUAUCAGCUACGCAACGCACGCAGUUUACUAAACGCCUCGUCCUCUCAGAAGUAGCACAACUAUUUGAUCCUCUCGGUUUUGUUGCAUCUGUAAUUAUCCGAGCUAAAAUUCUCAUUCAAGAGCUUUGGUUACCGGAACUCGGUUGGAACGACAUUCUGCCUUGUCACAUUACGCAGCAGUGGCUUCGCAUCAGGGAAGAUUUAACCAGUCUGGCCAGACUUUCCAUCCCACGAUGGUUCAACACAACGACCACGUCUACAGUUGAACUUCACGGCUUCUCUGAUGCAUCAGUCCUCGCAAUGGCAGCCGUCGUCUAUCUCGUUGUCCACGCACCGUCCACGGGUACCCACACAUCUCUGAUCUGCUCUAAAACGCGAGUGACACCACUCAAACGUCUAACCAUCCCGAGGUUGGAACUUACAGCAGCGCUGGAACUUUCAGAACUGAUGCGGCAUGUUCACGCUACUUUGAACUUGACCGUUUCUCAGACAUUUUUGUGGACGGACUCAGAAGUUACGCUGGCAUGGAUCAAGACGCACCCCUCCAAAUGGAAGGAUUACGUACGCAACAGGGUAAUCCAGAUUCAGGAGAUUACGCAGAACUAUCACUGGAGGCACGUACCAGGAUCAUCAAAUCCAGCUGACUGCGCGUCAAGAGGCAUGGCGACAGAACAGCUUCAACAGCAUUCGCUUUGGUGGACGGGACCACCGUGGCUCACGCAAUCUCAGAACACGUGGCCCAAGCUGACCAGUGUCGACGCAGACGAGUUGGGUGCCCCUGAAGCUCGUGCUGUCGUCUCACUCCACACGGCAAACACUCUAAAGGAAUAUUCAUGGGAAGUAAUCUUUAAAUAUUCUUGUGUUAACAGAUUACUCAGAAUCACCGCUCUAUGCCUCAAAUUCGUGGACGCUUCGCCCACUCAUCUCAUCUCAGCAGCUGAUAUGGAGAGGGCCAGAAUCUAUUGCAUUCAGGUCACGCAGUCCACGUUCGUCAAGGAUGAACUCGCAGCACUCGCUAAAGGAACAACGCUUCCGUCUACGCAUCCUUUCACGAGGCUCACCGCUUACCUUGACCAUCAGGGGAUCGCCAGAGUAGGCGGACGCCUCCAACACUCAAGGCUUUCACACGACGGCAAACAUCCUGUCAUUUUGCCUCGUGAUUCAAGAUUCUCGGCACUUCUCAUCGACCACGCACAUCGUCAGACCAUGCAUGGAGGUACGCAAUCCAUCCUCGCUUUUCUCAGACAACGCUACUGGAUUCUCGGUGGACGAGCUCCAGUGAAGACGCACAUCCUGCGGUGUGUGAAGUGUGCUUGGCAGAGGGGGAUCCGUGCCCAUCAACUGAUGGGCCAACUACCUCUUUGUCGGGUCACUCCAUCGCGCCCGUUCACCCACACUGGGGUGGACUAUGCAGGACCGCUCACGCUGAAAACUUGGAACGGCAGAGGAGCCAAAACGCAGGAGGGGUGGAUUUGCGUCUUCGUUUGCUUCGCAUCCUCAGCUGUACACUUGGAAGUUGUCAUCGAUUACUCAGCCGACGCAUUUAUCGCAGCUUAUCGCAGAUUCGCAGCAAGGAGAGGAACUGCAGCCUCUCUCUACUCAGAUUGCGGUACCAACUUCCAAGCAGCGGACGCGUAG